AUAGGGUUAGGGUUUUGCUGAUGUGGGUCGCUAGCUUCCGUUUAUCUGUCGUUCCAUUGAUCAGGACUUGACGGCACUGUCCCAGGCGAAGAUACUGACGGUCUGAAUGCUGCCAUGCAUCAUUUCAAUGCAGCAACAAAUGUUAUCUCUGCAGGUUUACUUCAUCGCCUGCGAGCAAGUCUACGCUGGGUUCGCCAUGCUAGUCAAUAUUCACAUGAUACUCAACUGCAGGCUUACACAACUUCCAUGCAACUUCUGGACGCUUACAUGUCCACGACAGCUUCAGUAUCAUCUCGUCAUGAUGCCAUGAAGAACUUCCCAAGUACACUUGCCGUGGAUGCUGCAUCAUGUGCGCUUCGUAGCGGUGACAUUCAUGGUGAUCAUGCGGUAACUCUGAUGAAGAGAUUCAGAGGCCUCAGCCACCUCCUUGAUAGACCCCCUGUAAAUCAUCCAGAAGGGACCCCAAGAGUCAAUAUAGAAGCAGAAGCAACCCGAUACAGACGUCUAGUAGAGGGCUGGAAUGGAACUGUCGAAGAGAUCCGGAAGAUCGAGGGCUUCUCUCGCUUCCUACUCCCCCCUUUGUUCUCCGAUCUUCAGGAUGCAGCUCGUGAUAGGCCUAUCAUCAUGCUCAUUGCAAGCGAGUCAUCUUCUGAUGCUAUUAUUAUCCCACACAAGCAACCUCCGACUAGCAUUCAACUCCCCACCAAUUUGUUGAAACUCGUUGAAUUAGUGUUCGCAUUCCGAGAGGCAAUUGAAAAAGAGGCCGGUCCUAAAGGGAACCAACCAGCGCUGACAAGAGCUUUGAGGGAGUUGUGGAAUGACGUCGUCCGCCCAGUGGUCGAGAAUCUGGGCAGAUUUGCAGAACGAGGUUCCCGAAUAUGGUGGUGCCCGACUGUCUCUCUUCAAUUUCUUGCCAUUGCACGCUGCUGGCAAGUACAGGGCAAACGGAAGUCCCUUGCGCAGCAAUAUAUCUCUUCGUACACACCAUCGCUUACUGCAUUGAUGAGGGCUCGCAGGAGUCAUGACAGGUUGCCGUCGGUGUCCUUCGCUGCCAUUGGCCAGAAUCUCCCCGCCGGUCAUUCAUCCACUUUGGAAUUUGUGGAGCCUGAGCUGGAAUUGGUGCGGAGUCUUUUGCCCCAUCCCCCAACGGUUUCCUUCACCAAGAUAACGAGUGUUGGUGCCACGAAAUCGAGAGCACUGUGCGCAUUGCAAGACAGUACUUGGCUCCAUUUCGCGUGUCACGGGACACAGAAAUGGGACAAACCCUUCAACUCGGCCUUUCUCAUGCGCGACCAACCGCUUUCACUCCUCGAUAUCACCCAAAUGGAUCUCUCUCCGCAUCAAUUUGCAUUUCUUUCUGCCUGUGAAACUGCAGUCGGUGACUUCGAAACGCCCGACGAGGUGAUACACCUGGCAGCUGGCCUACAAUUCGCUGGGGUUAAGAGCGUCGUUGGGACAUUCUGGAAUGUCAACGAUAGUGCUGUGCAGCGCUUAGUCGAGGCAUUCUACAAAAACUUUUGCGGGGAUGGCAAAAUGAAUUCCAAGCGAGCUGCCCGAGCGCUGCAUCAAGCGGUCCACUCAUUGGCUCAGGAGAAGGGCAUGCCCUUGGACCAGCGCAUAGUGUUCAUACAUAUUGGCGUAUGAUC